CCUCUCCUUAAAUUAAGCAAUUAAUAAGGGGACGCGAGGGCACAAUUGCACAUUACAGAUAUUUGUUUCAGCCCGGUUCCAAAAAGAUUCGAAAUCGGCUAAAAAAUUUGUUUCGCCUUUUAAUUGAAUUGUUAGAGGCGUAGUGCCUAUAAUUUUGUGAAUUAGUUCUUGUUAUGUGAGAAUGUCUAUGAUUUUCUAUGGUGUAUUGCUCGGUUUCUGGAUUUCCUGUAUUCACGCUGAUAUCCAGGCCAGAUGGGAUUGAUAAGCUCGUAUGAGAUAAUUGCUGGAGCCGUUAGAUGAAUCGGUCGUCAUUUUGUAUAUAUUAACACACCUAGAGGAUGAUGCAGCUUUCCAGCUUUAUUUAUGAGGGCAUCCUUUAGGAAUUUUGGAUUACAGAUACCUGUUGUUGUAAGCUGGCCGAAUGACCUUAUGUAGUUGUGGUCAUAAAAAAUAGUAAUAAAAAAAUUCAUAAGAACUCAAGUUUCCGAAGUAGUUCACUAUGUAUUACGUAUAUUCUCGUUGGAGCUGUUUUCCAUCAUAGAUUUCAAAUUUAUAUUAUUUGUGUUGGUUGAGAUUAUUUGCAGUCAUAAAUAACAAAUUGUCAUAACCUCAAAUUUGGGUUUACACCUACCGGGUUUUCUAGUGAUAUAUUAAUUCCUCUGUUAUUUCCUUCAAAAUGCCGGUGCAACUGAAACUAAUAGCGGCCGCUUGCGAAAAUUUGGGAAUCGGCAAAGACGGCGACUUACCAUGGCGUCUGAAAAAGGAGAUGUCUUACUUCAGUAAAAUGACGUCCUCAACCAAAGAAAAACACAAAAAAAACAUAGUUAUAAUGGGUAGGCGUACAUGGGAUUGCAUUCCUCUUAAAUACAAACCUUUAUCCAAUAGGAUUAAUUUCGUAUUGUCUCGUUCAAAUCCCGAUUUAAAGCAAUUUACGGACACUUACGCAUUCAGCUCGUUGGAUAAAGCUCUUGAAGAAUUGGAAUGUGACAGGUUUUCAGAUAAAUAUGAAGAGGUCUGGGUGAUAGGAGGCUCUUCAAUUUACAGGGAAGCUUUAGAAUCAAAGAACUUUUACAGGCUGUAUUUAACAAAAAUUUUUAAAGAUUUUGAUUGCGACACAUUUUUACCUCCCAUUCCUGAUGAUUUAAAAGAAGUCAGUGAUCCUGCAGUGCCUUCGGAAAUUCAAGAAGAAAAUGGGAUCCAGUACACAUAUAAGGUGUACGAAAGGUGAUACAUGUGGGGUUUUGUUCAAGUAAUACAAUUUCUUCGCUUAUUUAAUGUUUAUUUGCGAC